AUGGCUUCAGCUCGCCUGACCGACUUCAUGCCGGUGCAUCACGACGAGGACGCGCCCAUAGAGCCGUACAAAGUUGGCGAGUCGCACCAGAUUAUGCGCAUAAUCGAAUGCACAGAAGGCAGCAUCGCGCUUAAUCUGGAGUGCCAUCCCCGCUUCGAGUAUGGCGGCAUUAUUCCCCAUGCCCACUUGGAAAGACCCAAUAUCGGGUUCGCUCACGGCGGUUCAGGCGCCAUCUCUCUAUACUGCUCUGUGCCGCUUCGCAUGGUGGAGGGUGGCUUUAGGUCCGAAGGCACGCUGCGGCAAGGACAAAAGGCGUUUGCCAUAGUGACCUACGAGUCACGCUUCUCCUACGAUUCCAAGUCCCUCAACAGUGCGGAGAUAGAGAGGAGUCUCGCCGAGGCGACGGCGUACUGGCAGAACUGGAGUGACAUCUGCACCUACGACGGCCCCUACGAGGAAUAUGUGCUGCGGAGCGCCCUGACGCUUAAGGCACUCACCUAUGCGCCCUCCGGCGGCAUGGUCGCCGCGCCGACCACUUCUCUGCCAGAGUCAAUCGGUGGCGAGCGCAACUGGGACUACCGCUACACAUGGAUUCGGGACGCCUCGUUCGCCAUCUACGGGCUGCACAUUCUCGGCUAUCAAAGGGAAGCGAGGGCAUUCCGGAACUGGAUCGAAUGGGCAACCGUAGGCCGCCCCCGCGACCUAAAUAUAAUGUACGGGUUGGGCGGCGAGCGGCGCCUCACCGAAGUCACUCUUCCCGAACUCUCAGGUUACCGCGAAUCUGCUCCAGUGCGGAUCGGUAACGGCGCAUACUCUCAGUUUCAGCUUGACGCUUAUGGCGAACUAAUGGACUCGGCACACUUGUAUCGACGCUUCGUAGGCCCGAUUGACGAAGAGUACUGGUCAUACUUGAGGAACGUCGUGAAUUUCGUGCUAGACCACUGGCGCGAUCCGGAUGAAGGAGUCUGGGAGGCGCGCUCAGGUCGGCAGCACAACGUGUUCUCCAAGGCGUGGUGUUGGGUUGCGCUUGACCGCGCUAUCAAAAUGGUGAAUGCCCUUGGCCUUCAAGGGGAUGUGGAUCACUGGAAGACUGUCCGCGCGGAGAUUCGCGAGCAGAUUCUUGCCCAUGGCUUUGAUGAAGAGCGUGGCGUCUUCGUGCAGGCUUACGGCAGUGACUUGCUGGACGCCUCAAAUCUGAUGCUGCCGCUUAUAGGUUUCAUCAAGGCGGACGAUCCACGAAUGCUGGCUACGAUACGCGCCACGCAGCGCGAAUUAACCACUGAGAAGGGCUUCGUUUAUCGUUACCGUGGUUUCGAUGACGGCUUGCCUGGGGAUGAGGGCACCUUCAACAUCUGCUCGUUCUGGCUCUGCGAUAACCUAAUCUUGCUUGGCGAACUCGACGAGGCAACGGCGCUUUUCGAGCGGCUGCUCGAUCAUACCAACGACCUCGGCCUCAUGAGUGAAGAGAUAGACUCGCAUAGCGGUGAGAUGCUGGGCAACUUCCCACAGGCGUUCUCGCAUCUCUCCAUCAUCAACACCGCCGUCCAACUUCAAAGAGCAAGGCUCCGCGCCGCUCGCCGAGCGAAGGCAUAA